AUGCCUGUCAAGGACCUUAGUUUGUUCUUGUCUAAAGUACUACUGUUUUUAAAAAUUAAUACUUAUUUUGAAAACGUAACUUUCUCAAACAUUUCUACUAAGGCUGAAGGUGGUAUUAUCUAUACUCAAACAAUGUCUCAGCCAUUCUAAACGAAUAUAGUAUUUAAAGAUUGUAAUAUUUCAGGCAUUAGGUCUUAAAAAGCAGGAUUAAUUUAUGCAAAUCAAAGAUUAAUGAAUAUCUAGUUGAUAAAUGUCAAAGUAGAUGAUGUUAUUACUGAAUCAAAUUAUAGUACUACUGUUGAUGACUAUUUCAGAAUUAAAAAUGCAGUUUAAGUAAAAUCUAUUGGAAAUAUCUUUAAGUAUUGUGCUCUAUCGAAAAACGGUGGAGUGUUUAACCUUUACUAAUCAAUUUUUGAAGAUUCAGAAUCACUCUAUUAAUAUAAUUCAGGAAUACAAGGCGGAGUUAUUAAUGCUCAAGAAACAUAAAUGACAUUGACAAAUUCAAAGUUCUAAAAUAACAUAGCUAAAACAGGUGGAGUAAUAUUCGCUGUUUCAGACUCUAAAUUAAUUAUUAGCAACUGUGAAUUCAGUAAUAAUAUCGCACAAGAAUCUGCUGGAGUUAUAUUCUUAUCAACCUAAUCAAUGAUGAAAAUAUCUAAUUCUAAAUUCACUUAAAAUGAGGCUUUUCAAAACUCUGCAAUUGAAGUCUUAAGUUCCAAAUUGAAUGAAAAUAUUUUGAUAACUUCAAGUGAAUUCUCUGAAAAUAUAGCAACCAAGAAUACUCUCUCUUUUAUAUAUUCAGUGGUAACAAUAUCUAAAACUCAAUUUCUUUAUAAUGUUGCAAAACAAAGGAGCAAUAAAGCUUUUUCAAAAGGAGGAGCAAUAUUUAUAUCUGGCUUUCUAGAUAUCCAAAUUUCUGAAGGCACAUUGUUUGAUGGUAAUUUAGCAUUUGAUAAUGGAGAGGACAUUUAUGUGACUAAUUCUAACAAAACUAUUUGUUUGAGCUAAGUAACCAUAAAUAAGCGAAAUUCAUAGAAUUCUAUAUUUAUCGAACAAGCAAAGCUUAAAGCAGAUUAGCUCAAAUUAGUUGACAUAACUAACAGCAAUGGAUAGUCACUUGGUGCGGCGAUAAACUGUAAUUAUUGUAAAGGUCUUCAAAUAAGCAAUUCAGAGUUUUAAAAUUUUAGAUCUUUUUAUGGAGGUGCAAUAUACAUAACAGACAUGGAUUAGAGUAAAGGAACAAGUUAUGAAGAAGUAAAUCAAAAGUAUUCAUUUGAAAACACAAAUUUCAUGAACUGUUCUUCAAACAUCGGUGGUGCAAUUUACUCAAAUAACCCUCAAUCUAUGAUUAUCAAAAAUUGCGCAUUUGAAAGAAAUAAAGUUUAUUAUUCAAAUAUGUAGACAUAUAAUUAUUAAGAUUAUUUGGGUAGUGGGGGAGCUGUUUAUUUUACUUGCAACUCUGAUUUAUUAAAUUGUAAACUCACAAUUUCAGGAGUUAAUACAUUUAAAGAUAAUUAUGCUUAGAUUCAAGGUGGUGCAAUUUACUGGGAUGAAUUGGAACCUAUUUUUUAGCAAGAAAAUAUAAAUUUCAUAAAUAACAGCGCUGACCAAUAUGGAGAUGACAUUGCAUCAAUCGCUCAAAAUCUUAAGUCAAUUAACUUAGAAUAAUAUUUAAAUCAUUUGAAAAAAAUCGGACUUAUGACGGAAAAAAGAAGAUUGUAACUAACUAAAAUCAGUUAAGAAUUUAUCUAAAGCAAUUAAACUGAUGAAAUAAAUUAACAAAGAAGUGGAGGAAAUGUUAAAACUCUUUACUUAGCCUUAAUUGAUAAAUAUGGAUAGAUAAUUGGGUCUGAUUUUAAAAGCAAGGUUCGAGUUACUGUUGAGACAUCUAAUUUAGAUUAGCAACAGAGCAUGUAUCCUCCUAUCAUUGAAGGGGGAAUUAAUUAUUUAAUGAUUGGAGGAAUUGCUGUUAUAGAAGAUUUAUGUUUUGUUGGAACACCUGGAGUUAGCUUCGAAUUGAUCUUCUCUACUGACGGUAUUGAUGUUACUAAAAAGUCAAAUGUUGAAGCUAUGAAUUUACAAAAUACUACUAACUUAGAUUUAAGCAUAAAAAUGAAUGUAAGAGAAUGUUUAAUUGGGGAGCAAUUUACUUCAUCAGGAAAAUGUGAAUCAUGUGUAGAUAGUUUCUCCCUAACAUAAAUGAAAGUGCCUGGUGAAUGUGAAGAAUGUCCAGCUGGAAAAGCAAUAUGCUAUGGAGGUUCAAAUAUCGGACCUUUGCCAGGCUAUUGGAGAAAAUCAAAUUAUUCCAAGACAUUUAUUUAAUGCAUGCAACAAUAAGCUUGUCUUGGAAUGGUUCCUCCAAAUAAUAAUCCUUUAGGAGAAUGCUCUUAAGGAUAUAAAGGUAUUCUAUGUGGAACUUGUAAUAAAGGCUAUUCUAGAGUUGACAAUAACUAAUGUAGCUAAUGUCCAUAGCCAAUUUUAAAUGUUUUGAGACUUUUAGCUAUAAUGAUUGGAUUCAUACUAAUUGUGGUAUUGAUGAUAAGGUCAACACUUAUGAGUGCAAAGGAUAAACAAAAUUAUACCAAUAUUUUCCAAAAAAUUCUAUUGAAUCAUUUUUAACUUUUGAUGAUGUCAGCAUCUUUUGAUUUCUAGUGGUCACAACAAAUUUCAGAAUUUUUAAGUUCAUCUAAAUAAGUAGCUACAGUAUCAACUUAGAUAAUCAGCUUUGAUUGUUUUUUAGAUGAAAAUGCAUCAAAUGAAUCUUAAGAAUCAAGACUCUUUUUCCAGAAAUUAAUAAUAAUUGGAUUUUUGCCUUUUCUACUAACAUUCAUUUGCAUAUUGGUUUGGCUAAUCUUAAAAAAAUUGUCAUCUAAACGGAUUCAUAUUACUGAUAGAAUCAUUUCAAGUUUAGUUAUUUUGCUAUUCUUGGCACACCCAAGUUUAGUCUAAUAUUCAUUCUCAAACUUUAUUUGUAGAGAUAUAGAUGGGGAGUCGAGAAUAUAGGACGAUUUGGAAAUCUUAUGUUGGAAUACUUAACAUAAAUUCUAUAGUUAUUACGUUGCAAUACCAAGUAUUAUAGUUUGGGGACUGGGAAUUCCGUUUUUUGCUUUAAUCAUACUUGAAAGAAUAAAUAAAUAGUUGGAUAAAAUUCAAAUAAGAUAAAAAUAUGGCUUUCUCUAUAGAGGAUAUAAAAUAGAUUAUUAUUAUUGGGAAAUUGUCAUAAUGUAUAGGAAAAUCUUGAUAAUUUUGAUAGCUGUAUUUGUAAGUAAUUUUGGAGUGAUUGCUUAAUCUUUAUUUAUGCUUUUCGUACUCUUAGGGUUUUUAAUGGUUAAUUUGUAAAAGGAACCUUUCUAAAUUAAAGAACUAAAUGACCUCGAGUCACUAUCUUUAAUAACUUCUAUGAUAACUAUUUACUGUGGACUAUUUUUUAUCUUAAACAAACCUCUAUAAUGGAUAGAAUAGAAUCCUGAUGAUUCAAGAGGCGCUAUAUCUCUGGACAAUAAUUCAUAAAGAAGUCUUUUAGCAUUCAUUCUUUUAUCAAAUAUUGUUUUCCUUUUAUUUUGGUUACUAAAAAUGUAUAGUGAGAUUAGAUCUAAACUGAGAUCCAAACUAACAAAAUUCUACCUAAUUGUCUGUCUAUGCUUUAACUAAAACAGAUUAAAUUAAGAAUUUGUGGAGGAGGAUAUUAAAUUACAAAAUGAUUAAUACUAUGAUGAAUUGAAUAAGAUGCUAACAAAUAUAGCAAGCAAAUUUAGAACAUAAGAACUGAAAUUUACAAAAAAUAAUGCUGAAAAGUUAUUAAUACUCUUUAGUGUAGAGAGUUUUGAUAAAAUAAUGAAGUAGAAUCACAGUAGCAAAGAAUCUAGUGGUAGGUCAAUUAUAAAAUCUAGAAAAUAAAAAUGGAAAAAGAACUCUGAUAAAUCAACUAUAGAUUUGUAUUAAAGCACAACUAAUUUAUAGGAAUACAGAUAUAAUGCAGAACAAACGUAAAAUUCAACUUAUUAUCUAGAUGAAUUUGAAGAUGAUUAAUAAAGUAUUGAUAAUCGAAAUUCUAGCGAUAGAGAAUCUAUAAAAUUUUCUGAUAAUUAAUAUAGAAGAAAAUCUAAAAGUAGUGCUUCUCUGAAAAGCAAUUAAAAUAGUAAAAACUCCUCUAAAAUAAUGGUAAUAGCAGAUUCUAAAAAGAAUAUGAUAUAAAUGAGCUAGUUUUUUAAGAAAAAAAUCACCUAAUAAUCUAAUGAAUAACUAUAAAAAAUAAAUAGUCUUUCUUAAUCUCACAUUGAAAGGAGAAAUGAGCAAAACAAGCUGAGAAAUUUGAAAACUGUGACAUUUUAAAAUUAAACAACAGAAGUAAAUAUAGAUUUUAGAAAUUCUAUCUAAGAAGAGAACUGGGAUAGAAAUACUGAAGAUGAUCAUUCAAUUGAGAUUUCAAAUCAUACUUUAGAAAGUCAAAGUUAAACAAAGAAUUUAAGAAUAAACAAUAGCAGUAAUCUGCAAUAGAGCAUAGAUUAUGUUAAUUUCAGUGGUUAAUAAGAGAAUGUGAUAAUCAUUAAGAAAAAAAUGAAAUUCAACAAAAAUACUGUAAAAGCAAGACCAAUUGAAGAGAGAAUGAAGGAAUCUUUUUUCAAUGAUAAGAUCAAAGCAAGGAUCUUAAUUAAUAAGGAUAGAAAAGUGUAAAGAAUAAAAUAGUAGGAAAAUAAGACACAAUCAAUGAAAAAAAUUUCUGAAAAUUAAUAAAGCUGUUUAAAAAAAUAAACACAGAACUCUUAAUAUAUAGAGAUUGAUGAAUUGUAUGAUCCAAAAAAGCUUCAUGAAAAUGUUAAUCAAGGAAUCGAUAUUGAGAAAAAUCCAAAAUAAGAAAAUUAUAUUGGCAAAGCAAUAUGGAAUCCUAGUUAGAAAGAAGAGGCAGAUGUUAUUUCAGAUUUUAGUAGGGAUUUUUCACAAGAAUUGAAUCUCUUAAUUAAAGAACAAUAAUCAACAGAGGAUUUAAAAGUCUUUGAGAAGUAUGAUUCCAAUAGUUAUCUGAAUUAAGAAAUUGAACAAUUAAAUUUGUAAAUUUAACUAGGAGAAUCUAAACAAGCCAAAGUUUCACAAUAAGAUUUAGAUAGAAAUUUAAACUUCUCAGAAAAUAAAAGCAAUUCCAGCAAGAUUUUAUCCUCAUCUGGAUAGUCUAAUAAGUAAUUCAAGUAGCCUUUAAAAAUAAAUGAUUGGAUUUCAGAUGAAGAUUAUUGA